ACCAUCUAAAUGGACUGUCCACCCACCGCGGUGACUUAAUAAGACGAGUGAAGACACAAAUCGAGGUCACUCGAUGUGACCACUUCCUCUCAGUUGUCAACAACAAGUGUAAAAGGAACAGUGAGUACAACAAGCUAACAGAAGUCAUUGGCAAAGCUAGAAGAAGAUAAAGGGCAAACAUUUAGCCGUGUAAAUAGUGUGAGGAGUCUGAUGUGUCGUGAAUAACAGGUUAAUAGGUUCAUACAGGGACACACACGGCAUGAACUCUGCAGGUGUUCUGAGUCUGUUUUACAGCCUAGUGCACCAUAUAUGACGGCAUUUAGAUCAGAUGUGGAUUUAGAGAAGACUGUCAUCAAUCCCCAAAUACAUCCAUGUGUAUAAUUUUCUUCAAGUUUGACCCCCGGCCUGCUUCCAAAAAUGCCUACAGGCUUAUUUUGGCUGCAAACAGAGACGAGUUCUACAACAGGCCGUCCAAAGCGGCAGACUACUGGGGGACCAACAGUGAGAUCCUCAGCGGCCUGGACCUUGAAUACGGUAAAGAAGGAGGAUCAUGGCUGGGGAUCAACAAACGCGGCAAGCUGGCUGCAAUCACCAACUACAUGGAGGGGCGUCCAAACCCUGAUGCACAUGGAAGAGGGUUUCUAGUGUCAAACUACCUUACAGACAAGGAUCAGGAAAGCUACUCCUACCUGAAAAAGGUGUCGACAGAAAGCCACUUGUACAACGGCUUUAACCUCAUCACAGCAGAGUUCAAAGCCAAACAAGACAUUGUGUGUUACUAUGGAAACAGAGGCAGCCCUGAACCCAUCCAUCUAAAGCCAGCAGGAGUCUACGGCUUGAGUAAUUCUUUGCUGGACACUCCGUGGAGGAAACUGCUGCAGGGAAAGCGACACUUCACCAGCAUUGUCCAUGAUCAGUCCCUGUCCUGUGACGGACUGGUGCAAGAGCUGCUCAACGUCCUCAACAAUGAGGAGCUGAACACACCUGAUCCAACUCAGGAGAACCAGGGGGAUUUUUACGGCAAGCCCAUGAUCCAGGCAUUGUCAGCGGUGUGUGUUCGCUCCCCUCAUUAUGGUACAAGGACCAAUACAAUUAUUCUGAUUGACGCAGAAGGUAACGUGACCUUCACAGAGCGCACCAUGCUCAACUGUGACACAAGCAAAUGGAGCACCAGUUCCUUCCAGUUCAAAUUGCAGGACUGAAGGCACAAUGAAGGAAAUCCACUCUGUGCCUUUCUGCAUCACUUUUCCUCCCUCUGCUCCCUCUUUCUCGCCCAGCUGCACCUCACUGAAGCAGCUACAUGGACGUGACUCAUCUGCACUUUUCUUCCACUAGUCAGCACUGGCUGCUUCAUUAACAUCAGUUUAAGUAUUUCUUAUUCUUGGUUUAAGUUAAGAUGCAUCUUUUGAAAAUGUGUGCUAAUUUAAAAGAUUGCCAAAGACUAUUUAUGAUUUUGCAGGGGAACAUAUUUGACGUACAUAUCACCACACAGCGGGGCUGGGUUGCUUUAAAAAGUCAAAUCAAAUACAGUUUGUGGUCAUGCACAAGAUGAUUUUAUUGCAGUCUAAUUUAUUCUUGUUGGUGUAAAAUGAUUCCCUUUUUAAUAAAUACAAUAAUCAUCAAAGUAUUUUAAAGUCCUUCUAAAUCUAUAUUUUUCACAAUAAAAUACUUUGUUCACCAACAUCUUUCAAGGUAACAUGUACUCUUAUUUAAUUUAACAUGAAUUAUUGAACUGUAACCCUUGUACUGGUUAUUCACUAUUGUUUGCCCCAACCCUGCACUACAGUAGUCUCAGUAUUGGUUUGAGAAGAUAUGUCAGUGUUAAAUGCAAAUGAAUUUAGACACGGGAUCUGUGACAGCAUUUGUGGUGGAAUAAUGCAUUUUCUGUCUGCAAGACAAUAAAAACAGUUCAAUCAAACACUCA